ACACACAAACUGCAAUAUGAAGGCUUUUAUUGUUGUAUGCGCCCUUGUGGCCUGCGUCGCCGCCGGCAGUGAGAAGCGCGAGAAGCGUGGCUUCCUCAGCGGCCUCCACUCGUACAACGGCGGCAUCAACGGGGGUUACCUCGGAGGCUACAGCAGUGGCUACAGUGGUGGCCACGGAGGCUAUGGUGGAUACAGCGGCUACUCGGGCUACUCUGCGCCCGCUAUCAGCUACGCCGCGCCCGCAACCAAGGUCGUGACCGUCAACAAAGUAGUCAACACUCAACGCGUCAUCGACGUCCCGCAAAUCGUGAACGUGCGCAAAGUGGUGUCCGUGCCUCAAGUAGUGUCCGUGAACAAGGUGGUGGCCGCUCCCAGCUACAGCGGUUACAGCAGCGGUCUGUCCGGUUACGGAUCCGGCUACAGUUCCGGAUACGGCUAUGGCUCCGGUUACGGCUCCGGCUACAGCUCCGGCUACGGCUCCGGCUACAGUUCCGGACAUGGCUCUGGCUUAGGCUCCGGCUACUCAAAAGGAUGGUGGUGAAUUUUAUGAUUAAUUUAAUUCAAAGCGCAUUGUGA